AUGGCCUUCCAGGGCCUGCAGCUGGAGCGUGAGGCAUGCUUGGCCUCCAACUACGCGCUGGCCAAGGAGAACCUGGCGCUGCGGCCUCGCCUGGAGAUGGGCCGGGCCGCCCUGGCCAUCAAGUACCAGGAGCUGCGUGAGGUGGCCGAGAGCUGUGCAGACAAGCUGCAGAGACUGGAGGACAGCAUGCAUCGCUGGAGCCCGCACUGCGCGCUGGGCUGGCUGCAGGCUGAGCUGGAAGAAGCCGAGCAGGAGGCCGAGGAGCAGAUGGAGCAGUUGUUGCUGGGGGAGCAGAGCCUGGAGGCUUUCCUGCCUGCCUUCCAGCGCGGCCGCGCCCUGGCCCACCUGCGGCGGACCCAGGCCGAGAAGCUGCAGGAGCUGCUGCGGCGCCGGGAGCGGUCUGCCCAGCCAGCUCCCACUGCUGCCGCCGAGCCCUCCAAGCCCUUCACCCCUGCGGCCGUCCUGCCCACCGGGGCAGCCCGGGGGCCACCAGCAGUGCCCCGGAGCCUGCCUCCCUUGGACUCCCGCCCAGUGCUCCCACUGAAGGGCUCCCCCGGGUGCCCCCUCGGGCCAGCCCCCCUGCUGAGCCCUCGGCCCUCGCAGCCAGAGCCCCCCCACCGGUAG